GCCACACAUGCACAUCAAUAUUUAGGUUUAUCUAGAUCGGUGUGUACUCUUCAGUUUACGUCGGCGUCCGCUCUGUAAAUAAUUCCCGCGCUAUACUUACUACAAACCAGAAUCCGCAGUCAAUAAACUUACAAUUAGCAUAGUGCAAACUGAUAAAAAACAACCAUUUCUCGGUCCAACGUUAGCCGGGGAAUUAUCUUGGGAUGAUGUUCAUUCGCAACAGAUGUGACAUUUUUAUUGCGCGCGUUACAUUGUGUGUGUUGAUAAAUCUGUACGCGCAGUGAGAAAAGGACGCCAUCGAGUCUGGAAUGGCUUACGCGAAUAUUUUAUUGGUCUCCGCUGUGUUUCUGCAAUCAGCUAUCGGUGUGAGAAUAAACUUCACCAGUUGUCAGAACCCGGAAUGGUCCUGUAUGAACAAUGAUAUUGUGUACAGCUGUUCAGUCGUCAGGAGUAAUGACUUUAUCAUACAUCUAAAAGACUUUUACACGGAUUACAUAACGAGCGUGACGGUGCAAAAUUGCAAAGACUUAAGGAUCGUUUUGGACUGUCCAAUAUUACAGAGAGCGUCGCGUCUCCAACGAUUCAAAAUAAAGGACAUCGAACGGUUGGAAUUUGUGUCUCUGUCUAAUACUUCGUUACUACAAACACCUCCGGAGGUGACGAUAGAAAAUGUAAGUGAAGUAAUAUCGUUGCCAAGGAAUUUUUUUAAGAAUCCGAGCACACCAAAUGAAAUGAAAUGUUUGGGCUCUGCGACCUUGAGAAAGAUUCGCGUCGUCAACACUAAGAUAAACUCGAUAAACACGAGAGCGAUUCAUAACGUGGGCGGCGUGAAAAGUAUUGAGUUCGACAACGUCACUAUAGGAGACAUACAAAACCAAGCAAUAGAAGCCAUCUUAGGCUACGACAAUACAGUCUUCUCCAUACUGAAUAGCAAGAUUGAAAAUCUCCGACACAAAGCCAUUACGGUCCAAAGUGCGACGACGAUUGUAUCCGAAAAUACAAUUAGUGACGUAAUUACUCAUUCUAUAAACAUAACGUCGGACACUUUACGAAUUAUUGACAAUAGAUUUGAUGAUAUAAGUGGUUUGAUUGCGAAAGCGGUCUAUGUCGAUAUCUCAAGAAACGACAUUGCUGUUCUUAAGAGUAACGCACUCGCCAAUGUGAAGUGUUUGAGGAAAAGAACAGUUAGAAAACAAUUUAAAUUCUCAGGAAAUAAAAUAGAGAGAGUCGAACCACAUUCUUUAAUUUUCGAUUAUAACAGUUGCAAGUCUCCGGGCGCGACUGUCGCCUUUAAUAACAACUACCUCGACUGCACGUGUCGGAACAUCGCCUUUUUGAACUCGAGGACAUCUAGCGUGGAGCUCAACAAUUUGGUACUCGAUCCAGCUAAUAACAAUACGUGUUUGUCAGCGCCGUGCCUUCUGCCUGUCGAUAUAGUAAAGCUAUUAUUAGAAAGCGACAUGUGUCAAGUAAACCUUGACCCGCAGGUCAUGUGCCUCCUGUAUAACGAUAAGCAGGCGACUAACAACGAGGUUACAACCGACGAGGAUGUCACCGAACCAGCUCCAACGUUUUAUUUAAUACGACAAGCGAACUCGCCUAACGGAGACGCCAGCGCCGCCAUGACAGCUAUAAAUAAAGACGACCUUCUGAAAGACAGCCAUUUAAACAUGACCAACAGAACGGCUAUAAAAGUUGUUUUUGACUCAUCCAAAGACUUUGUCGAGACUCUACGAAGUACGAGCACGUCUCACAAAAGGCCUACAGAGGAGCCUAAAGUUCAGCCCAAUGAAGAAUACAUAAGUCGUUGCACGGGGACUCAGUGCAGGAACAACGUGGCGUACGACAGACAAAAAGCUUUAGAUUUCUAUAAAUACGUGUACGCUCAGUUGAGGCCGCCGAGGCCUAACGAUAAGAAAAAGAAAACUUAAUUGUCGUUAUUAUUUGGUAAUAAAUAAUACACACAAACAUUUUUUUGCAUACCUAUUCCAAUAAUAUUAAUUUUGAUAUAAUUAUUGUCUUACAAAGACACAGCGCGUUGAACACAAUCUUUUUUGUUUAUUAUUCAUAAAUUUAAUAACAAUGAAAUCAUCCAAUUACUGUAUUAAAAAAUAACAUCAA